UUAUUAUGAUGUGUUUAGUUUAGUUAAGUUCGAAAAUAUUAAUUAAUUAUUUAUCUCUUCAAGCGGGUGGUGUGGGAGUAUUUAUAUAUCAAGUUUGUCCUUGACUCUUGCUUGAGAUAAGUAGAGAAGAUUUGGCCCUUGAAGUUAUAGAGUGCUAACGGCAAGCUCGUCUUGAUCUUUUCGUUUUGGUGAAAUGAAAUGAACUUAAUUUAGUUCGUUUAGAAGCUAAGGAUUUGACUUUUAUUUUGAGACGUGCAAACUCUUAUAUGCUGACUUUAGGGAAGCCUACUUGCAAAUUUAGGUCUUACCUUUGGACGACCCUAAGUGACCCUUAUUUAUUUUUUAAUCUUCUUCGUCAUUUGAAAAUUAAUUUUUGUAGGUGGUAGGAGGGAAUGAAAAACAAUUAGGUUUUAAUUCUAUCAUGAGAUUUAGAAAUUGAUCCAACUUGCGAUGCCCAUAGUUUUCAUUUCAAAAUUAGUGGUUUUAUAGAUUUAAUUAACCAAGAUUCCAAUAAGGAACAUUAGAGUUAAUAUCUAAUUAUUUUGCUAUAAAAACUCUAGUAUUUAACUAUUAGCAAUUUGUUUUGUUUAUGAUAUUAAUAUGCAUUUACCCCAUAUCCCACCUCUGUAAAUAAUUUAAAUUAGUAGGUCAAAUUGAAUAUUAAAAAUAAUAAAAGAUUUCCAAAAUUUAAUGGAGUUUAACCUAUGUUCAAGUCCACAUAUGUAAAGUAGGUAUUAUCGAUCAAAAAAUGUACGACUCAAGUUUUGUAUCACAUAUCGGUUAAACACGCCAUUUCAAACAAUUAUUGUUCACUACUUCUUCUUUAUAGAAAAGUGAAUUUUUUGUUUUCUAGUUGUAUAUCACUUAGUUUGUGAUGGGUAAAGAAGAAAACACAAAGAUUAAUUUGAUAAGAAAAGUUUAACGUAUUAUUAUGAUAUGAUGCAUGUAAUACCCAUAUUAGUUGACUAUCGUGUCAUGCACCAACAAUUUUAUUAUUAACGAAUCAUUUUCCUUUUCUCUAGAUUUUCUUUGUUCUUCAACUAACCAAACCUUCCCCCACUUGAAAAACCAUAGGAGUCUUCCUCUACCAAAUCUUCAUUUUCAUAAUGACAAAUUUUGUCCCUAUCUUGUCCAUUUGUUCUCCCUCGUUUCCUGUCAUUUUAAUAGUAAUAUUCCCAAUUUCGAUGGGCAGUUUCGUCAAAAAGCACAUCCACUCAAAAUCUCACAAAUUUCAGCAAUUCAGCCAUUUGAUCUUAAAAAACAAUUCUUUUGUUUAUGAAAUAUGGGUAGUUGUUGAAGAACCGGUAAAGUUUCCCACUUGUUUUUCUUUUUUGAUUUCCUCUCUCUUUUUUAACAAAUUAAAAAACCUUCUGCAAAGAUUUCCCAUUUCUCCUCAUCUUCAUUCUCUUCACCCUCUUCUUCCCAUGGCUUUCAAACUUCAAAUCCUCUUCAAACCAUCUCUUGUUUGUUUCUUUACAUUCAUCUUCUCAACUUCAGCUUCUGAAACAUUCAAGGACUGUGAGCCAAGAAAUUGUGGACAUGGCCCUGUUAUAAAAUACCCCUUUUGGAUUGAUGGUGUGCAAGAUUCUUCCUGUGGAUACCCAGAUUUCAAAAUCAAAUGCUCCAGAAAGUACCCUGUUCUUGAGAUUUCCGAUGACAUUUUUAUCGUGGAAGACAUUUUUUACCAAACCAAUUCGUUUUUACUGGUGAGUGCCGCAGCUUACGACGAUCAACAUUCGUGUCCAUCUCCCUCUCAUGGCAUUCGUCUAGAUGGAAAACCAUUCCAUUCUACUUCAGAGAAUGAAGAUUUCUUCUUCUUCUAUGAUUGUCCAAAAGUGUACAAAGAUUACAUCUAUGAACUUAACUGUACUACCAACAAAACCCACUUUUCUUUUGCUACUUUCCACAAGGAUCUUCUGGAGUUUCAGAAUUUUCCCUUACAGUCGUGUCCUUCUUCGGUUCGUGUUCCUAUUCGCAAGAACUUGACUGCUAGUGUAGCUGAUUUGAGGGAAAUGAGUUAUGUUGAGAUUUGGAAAAGGGGUUUUUUCCUGAAUUGGAAUGCACAAGAUUGCAGCAAAUGUGAGCGAAGUGGUGGUUAUUGUAGAUUGGAAAACUAUAAGUUUGUUUGUUCUUGUAGCGAUGGACUUCAUUCCCAUAGCUGCAAACAUGGAAAUGGCAGGACAAGGAAAAAGAUUAUCAUCGGGGUAUGCAGUAGUGUUGGAGCUUUGCUUUUAAUCUUUCUUGUUCUUGGCAUCUGCUACCUAUAUCGUCAACGUCGUCGUAGAAGGUCUCAUGCGUUGCCAUAUGUGCAACGAAGCAUUUCAUCAAAUCCGUCAAAUCCCACAAAUCCAUCUCCUGUGGAAGAAGUUGAGAAUGGAGGUACCUACUUGGGCGUUCAACUCUUCUCCUAUAAAGAACUUGAAGAAGCCACAAACCAUUUUGACUCCAACAAAGAGCUUGGAGAUGGAGGCUUUGGCACUGUGUAUUAUGGCUUACUCAAGGAUGGGCGUGCCGUUGCUGUCAAACGGUUGUUUGAAGGUAAUUUUAAGAGAGUUGAGCAGUUCAUGAAUGAGGUGGAGAUCCUUGCUCGCUUGCGUCACCGCAACCUUGUUUCGCUUUACGGUUGCACCUCGCGCAGUAGCCGUGAGCUUCUGCUUGUGUACGAAUACGUCCCAAAUGGCACGGUGGCUGAUCACCUCCAUGGAAAACUAGCAAAGUCUGGCAAGCUUCCAUGGUCUACAAGAAUGAAGAUUGCUAUAGAGACUGCAAGUGCUUUGGUGUAUCUUCAUGCUUCUGAAAUCAUCCACCGUGAUGUCAAAACCAACAACAUUCUCCUCGACAACACCUACUGCGUUAAAGUAGCCGAUUUCGGAUUGUCCCGUCUCUUCCCACUCGAUGUCACACACGUUUCCACCGCUCCACAAGGCACUCCUGGCUAUGUCGAUCCAGAGUACCAUCAGUGCUACCAACUCUCUGACAAAAGUGACGUCUUCAGCUUCGGUGUGGUACUUGUUGAACUCAUAUCCUCAAUGCCUGCUGUUGACAUCACAAGGCAUAGACAAGAGAUCAACCUAUUCAACAUGGCCAUCAACAAGAUCCAAAACUGCGCACUACAUGAAUUCGUCGACCCAUCGCUCGGUUUCGAAUCGGACUACAAAAUCCAAGAGAUGAUAACCAGCGUAGCCGAGUUGGCGUUUCGAUGCCUGCAAAGUAUGAAAGACGAGAGACCAACAAUGAUGGAAGUUCUCGACACUCUUAACAUCAUACAGAAACAAAACGCCGACAAGGUAACAGAUCGAGAGGCCGACAUUUCAGACGAUGCUGUAUUGCUAAAGAAUGGCUAUGGAUCUUCUCCAAGUUCCAUGUCUGUAUCUUGGGUUAGCAGUAACACCUCAAUAGCAACCAAUGAAACCAUCAGCUCUUAAAUCCCUUCCAUUAUUCCCUUAUCAUUUUGUCAACUACUUCAUCUUCAUCUUCCUCAUCAAUCUAUUACACUGAUGGGUCAUCAUAUAUUUCUUUUAUAUACUUAUUGAAUUGAUUCUUUAUUCUUUAUGUUCA